AGAGCUGUCCUGUGUUCCUCCUGCUUUGCUCUCCUCCUCCACCCAUGUCCCGCGCUUCGCCUAUUGGUUGCAGGGGCUGUGCUCAGAGGGAGCCCUGUGAUUUUCUAUAUAACCAACCGCUCCAUUCACAGAGACCUCAGCAAGUCACGAGAGGGAAGAAACAUUCCCCUGAGCACGAGCCCAGUCACAAAAGCAAACUCCAAGAUCUACAACUCUGCAGUUCUCCCAGGGCCUGCAGGACAUACCUGGCUGCCCAGGCAGUGGGAAGGAGCCGUGAGAGGGAAAGAAACUGAUCCCAGGAGCAUCCGAAGUUCAUGGUCACAACAAAGACCCAACCAAGACCCAACCAAGGACAUCCCAUAGGCGUUGCGAGGACUUCUGCAUCCAGCUUUGCCAUUUGGUCCUCAAUGGCGAGAAUCCCAGCUCCCACGACUCUUGCGAUUCUCCUGACUUGCCUCUUCUCCAGGGCCCACAGCCAGACCCCACAGGCGUUCCAGGAGAGCACCAUCCCCUUUGAGGUGCUUAGCCAGGAGCAGGCUUACAGUCUGGUCCAGCCAAGCCUGUUCCAGGAUGCCAAGCUAUCAAACAUCUCAGAGAGCCUCCCCAGGAGCACCAGCUCUGAGCCGCCCCUGCUGCCCGUGUGCCUGAAGCCUGCAGAUAUCAGGCACAUCUUCAAGUACAUCAAUACCAUUGUGUCCUGCACCAUCUUCAUAGUGGGAAUCAUCGGGAACUCCACGCUCCUAAGGAUCAUCUACAAGAACAAGUGCAUGAGGAAUGGGCCAAACGUCCUCAUUGCUAGCUUGGCACUCGGAGACCUUCUCUACAUUCUCAUUGCUCUGCCCAUCAACGUGUAUAAGCUCUUGGCAAAGAACUGGCCCUUUGGAGUGCAGGUGUGCAAGCUGGUCCCCUUCAUCCAGAAAGCCUCGGUGGGCAUCACAGUCCUCAGCCUUUGUGCUCUCAGCAUCGACAGGUACCGAGCAGUAGCGUCCUGGAGUCGGAUCCAGGGGAUAGGAAUCCCCAUGUGGAAGGCAGUGGAGGUGGUGUUGAUCUGGGCAGUGGCCAUUGUGCUUGCAGUCCCCGAAGCUAUCGCCUUUGACAUGGUGGAGCUCAGCUACUGGGAACAGCACCUAUGGGUGUGCAUGCUGGCCUCCGAACAGAAAUCCAGCUUCAUGAUGUUCUACCGUGACGUGAAGGACUGGUGGCUUUUUGGCUUCUAUUUCUGCCUCCCCUUGGUAUGCACUGGCAUCUUCUAUACCCUCAUGUCAUGUGAGAUGUUGAGCAAGAGAAAUGGCAUGAGAAUUGCUCUGAAUGACCACAUGAAACGGCGCCGGGAGGUGGCCAAGACCGUGUUCUGCCUUGUGGUGAUCUUUGCGCUCUGCUGGCUGCCGCUCCACCUCAGCCGCAUCCUCAAAAAGACCAUCUAUGACCAGACGGACCCCAACAGAUGUGAACUGCUCAGUUUCCUCCUAGUGAUGGAUUACUUUGGGAUCAACAUGGCCUCCCUCAACUCCUGCAUCAACCCUGUGGCUCUCUACUUCGUCAGUCGGAAAUUCAAGAACUGCUUCCAGUCCUGCCUGUGCUGCUGGUGCCAAAGGCCAGCUCUGAGCAUCACACCGACAGAUGAGAAGGGCUCUGUUGGGAAGUGGAAAGCCAACGGGCAGGAGUUUGGGCUGGACCGGAGCAGCUCCCGCUUGAGUAACAAGUACAGUUCCUCCUAAAGCCAUGCCACCCGUGGGGUGAGAGAAGGUGCUGUGCCAAGACGGCAGGACCCCUCCAUUUCUCUCGCCCGGCCAUUUCCUGGCUGGGCCUGAAUAAUUUUUGCCUUCAUGUCGUAACCCACCUGGAAGGAGCUGCAGCAUCUCAUGGACCCCUGGGACUGGCUCUGAACGCAGCCUCUGAACCACGUCGAUCUGUCCUCUGGUCAGGGGGGGAAGGGGAUCCGGAUCCUUAUAGGACUUUUCAUUUCCUUGCAGGAAAACCAAGUGACUUACAGCCAUUUGUCUUGGGUGGAAGCGUAGGGUGGGGAGAUAUACGUGAAAAGGGAAGGAAAGUUGAGAUGUGGUCAUUUUGAGAUCAAUAUCAGAUGAGGAGGAGAGGGAGAGGACCCUAAGUGACAAUUUCCAGCUCAAAAAGCCAAAGAAGAUCUUUGAUAACAUCCCAUAUCUUCUCCUUCUGUUGCUGGGACGGUUUGUCCCUGGGCAGAGAGUCAGGAUAAGAUCCAGGCACCGUGUAGGUCUCGUAGAUCAUAAAUGGCCUGAAAUCUCGUUCUGUUCAUGGUAGUAAGAGAUGGGCAGUAAUUUGGCUUCAUUGUGUGACCAACAUAACCUGGGGAGCCCUAAAAUCCACCCCUUCUCUUCACCUUUUCCUGGGAAACCCACCCCAGGCUGCCCAUUUGGAGAUGAUGUUCAUCCCUCCUGUGUAUGGCACAAGAAAAUGAUUGUGUGUGACUGCGGCUUAGGGGACCUUGGCAGGAGGUAGUGGCAGCAUCCAGCCAAGCCAUUGGCUCCAGCUUUGUCCCCACGAGGGACGGGUGAGCUCCUGGAUAGCCAAGUGCCAUUGCUGACCCAAGGGGCUGUUCUUUCAGGGAAAAUCUGUAAGGCCAGGCAAGGGAAGGCAGAGGUGGCUCAAACCCAGAUAAGUCUGGGACCAAGGAACCAGCCCUCAUCUUUCCAACCCCCCACAUAAUCUGGGAGCAGCUAAUUCUCUCCCUGACACAAGGGAGAGGAUCCAGAUGUGCCAUUCCUGAAGAGCAUCCAGCCUUGAUCUGUGGUCUUUGGCAGCUGGGAAGUCCUCAGCAUCCUUCAGCCACUGGCUCCUGGGAGGGGGAUCACCUGCAAGGCCACGACUUUGAAGGGAAAAAAGGGUGUUCUGCAUUUUGGUACCUAUAGUUGAUCUUCCUGCUGCCCACAAGGCUGAGCUCCAAUGGGGCAGUGGGGCUGGUCCCCAAUGCGCCUUCACCACAGCACCACAACACCAAGGUUCAUGCCAUUUGUAAGGGGGACAGAGAUGCUCAUCCUCGUGGUCAAACUGAGGUGGAAAAGGCAAUGGGGAAGGUCCGAUCCCAGCUGAAAGAGCUGCUGGAGCCAACUGAAACAUGGCAAAGAGCUUUCACAAAUUUACUGUUUCAAACAAUUAAUCCCCAGGUGCUUUUCCAGUAUGUUUUGUAAAAAAUCAUGCUUGCGUCUCUUGGCAAAGCUUAAAGAAAACCUGUAUGAGAAAGUUUUAGUUACUACUUUUUUAAUGAUUUUUCUUUUUUCUCUUCUUCUUCUCUUUUACUUCUCUUUCUUCUUUCCCCUUUUCAUCUUCUCGUGGAUGAAAAAAAGAAAAAAAGAGAGGAAAAAGGGAGAAGAAAAAAGACCUGCAAAUAAAGCAAAACAUUUUCCA